UUUUUUUUGUUUGGGAAUCGUCACCUACAUCCACGACAGAAAUGACAUCGAGCUGAUUCAACAGGGGAUUUUAGUGCUCAGCAGCGUGGCGGGUGGCCUGUUUUUACAAUCUCGUGGUUGUUGUUGUUGUUGUUUACUCGUCAGUUCAGCCACGGAGGUGUUGCAUUAUUAAAGGUGUCCGAGAUGCCGAUGGUGCUGCGGUCUCGGAAAUCCAUCAACCCCGGGCAGGCGAGCGAGGCAGAGUCACUGGAUACCCCGAGACGGUCGACCCGCCUGCAGAGGAGAGCGACGUAUGAGGAUUCAGAUGAUUCCGACUCGGAGUCCGUCCAGAGGCGUGCGGUGAUGGAGAUACACCGCGGCGGCGCCCCGGUCGUGCUGGAGGAGGAGACUGCGGAGGAGGCGGCGGAUGUAACGGAGCUCAAGUAUUGUCAUGUUGUGCUGGACCGUCUCCACAUCGAAGACAAACAAGGUCAAAAGGAACUGGAGGAGAAAGAAGACAUGAGCCGCAAAGUUGGGAAGACCACCUCUCGGAUCCCCACGUUCCACAAGCGGCCCACCAGCCACGGCGCCGAGCUGCCCGCUCCCAGGAGAGAGACGUCCGUCCUCCCGGCUCAGUCCAAUGACAAAGCUGGAAGUUCAGGCGGUGAAGCUUCAAGGCCCAAACCCCCGGAGGCCAGAGAGACGGCUCUGCCCCAGCUGUCCAGCCGGCUAGCCAAAUACACAGCCGAGGAGCCUCCAGUGCCGAGUGGCUCUGAGCAGGCGGCGGCAGUCCACAGCCCGCCGAUCGCCGCACCCAGGAGCUGGAGCCCGUCCGAAUCGAUGCUGUCCCCUCUGAUGACGGCCAGCCCGCGGCCCGCACUCAUACGAGACAGGGGGCCCGAGGCCGACGUCGGAUCAGACGCCCCCUGGAGCCGCGUUCCACACGAAGGUUCCGCCACUCGCCUUCUCUACGAGGAUCUCGGGAGCCGUCUGCCAGACGAAGGCUCCCCCCGCCACAAGCCGAGGGAGACGACGCCACAGAGGGACCAAGGUCCUCCAGAAAGCAGCUUCAGCGACAUCUCAGGAGACUACAACCGGUCCCCGACUGUCCCCGCAGCCCAGGAGGACCAGGAGGAGGAGGACGAGGAGGAGGAGGAGGAGGAGGUGGAGGCCAUCAUGGACGAAGAGCCGCCCUGGAAGACAGAGUCCAUGAAGGUCGCUGACCUGAGGGUCAGCAGGUCUUCAUCAGAGGCAGAAUGUGAGGAGGAGGAGGAGGAGGUGGAGGAGAUGGAGGAGCAGCCUCAGGAGCCUCUGAUGAGCCCCUUUACAAGCCUCAGAGAGAAAAGAGUCGAAGCAGACAAGUCCUGCUCUGCUGUCGCAUCAGAGAAACCUGAAAAAGCCUCAUCAGCCAACUCAGACAAGCGGUCGGGAUGCUCCGGCUUCGCCCUCCUCUUCCUCCUGCCAGCCACGCUGCUGCUGCUCGGCGGCUUCGGCCUGCACGUCUGGCAUUAUGGACUUCCCAUGUCCGUGGCUCAGCUCACCGCCCAGCUGGAGCUGCACUGGUUAGAGGGCCUGGGUUUGAUUCCGGAGCCCUGCAGCACAGACUGCCGGGUACAUCUGGUGGAAAGCGUCCCCGUCGGCCUGUACGAGUCCUCGCCGCCGCCCAGACGCAGCAUCGCAGACAGCUGGCUGCGUCUGCUGCAGCGGGCCAACAGCUCGGUGGACAUCGCCGCUUUCUACUUCACGCUGCGGGCCAGCGACACGGACCUCGGCGGCUCCGCCGACGCUCAGGGCCGGGAGGUCUUCCAGCAGCUGAAGCAGCUUCACGCCAGAGGGGUCAAACUCCAGAUUGCUGUCAACUCCCCUCAGAAGUCCAUCCGAGACACGGGGGAGCUGGCUGCCGCAGGAGCAGAGGUCAGAGAGGUGGACCUCCAGGCCGUGACCGGAGGCAUCGUGCACACCAAGCUGUGGGUGGUGGACCAGAAGCACCUGUAUGUGGGCAGUGCCAACAUGGACUGGCGCUCUCUGACCGAGGUGAAGGAGGUGGGCGUGUCCGUGGAGGACUGCAGCUGCCUGGCUCAGGACGCCUUUCGGAUCUUCGGGGUGUAUUGGAGCCUGGGUGGAGUGAACCACACCUCCCUACCUCCGUACUGGCCGGCUCGCCUCUCCGCCCUGUCCAGCUCCCAGAAUCCCCUGCGCCUCAAGCUCAACGGAGUGCCUGCUCGGGUCUACCUGUCUAGCUCCCCUCCUCAGAUCUCCGCCCGCGGCCGCGCCGACGACCUCUCCUCCAUCCUGUCCGUCAUCGACGACGCCCACAACUUUAUUUACAUCUCUGUGAUGGACUACCUGCCACUGUCUCAGUACACACAGCCCGUCCGGUUCUGGCCCGCCAUCGACUCGGCGCUGCGUGCCGCGGCGUGCACGAGGGGCGUGCACGUCAGGCUGCUGGUGAGCUGCUGGGAGCACUCGCCUGGCUCCAUGUUCACCUUCCUGCGGUCGCUGCUGGUCCUCAGCAGUCCUCCGCUGAGCUGCCACAUCAGCGUGAACGUCUUCACGGUUCCCUCCACUGCGGAGCAGAAGAAGAUCCCCUACGCUCGAGUCAACCACGCCAAGUACAUGGUGACUGACAGAGCGCUGUACAUCGGGACGUCGAACUGGUCGGAGAACUACUUCACGCAGACGGCCGGCGUGGGCCUGGUGGUGAACCAGACGGGCUCCGCCGUGGGCCCGGGCCAGCAGACCCUGCAGAGCCAGGCGGAGGACCUGUUCCUCCGGGACUGGAGCUCGCCGUACAGCAGCCCGCUCUCCGUGGACGACCAGCACCCCUGCGCCCAGUAGAGAGCCUCUCCACGCCUCCUGCUACUUGAAUUACUUACUCUGCCUUCCUCGAACUCAGUUUGCUUCACUGCUGCCUUAUUCUGUAUAUAUUUGCUUUUUUUUUUUUUUCAUAUGCGGGUAUUUUUGAAUCCUGUGAUGUUCUGAUUUUAAUUGCGAGGAGCUUUGGUUAAAGGGAACUUUCUUUUAUGCCUGGAGCAUUUUGUAAAUGUUUGCUUAAAGAUGUCGGUGCAAAGCUUUAAGAAGCUCGUGUGGUGAAGGACGCGCCUCCAAAGAGCUCGGCCAUGUUUACAGCGCGUCCCGAAGCGCACGGCUCAUGUACAUAUCGUCCCAAAGAGACCCGCAUUCGUUGACCUUUAGCUGGAUUUCGCUGCGUUCUCUGGUUUUCUGUGGUCCGCUUGAAUUGAGUUCCUUCUGUGUGAACAGCUGACCGGAUGUUUGAUUACAAUAAAAGCUGUU